CAUUCGUCACCGCAUUGGUGGUCGCCCUGGGCGUGGCUUCGGCCACGGCCAUGCACGACGCGAGGAUCAUCAGCCUCUACGGCACCCCCAGCACCUUUGGCAGGUCUGACGAGUUGAGCGGCCUGAAGGAGGCUUUUGACCGCCACGCGAUCGUGGCCUUCAGGAACCCUCGCGACAACGAGAUCAGCGCCUUCCUGGUCCCCAAUGGCAUCAGAGGUAUCUUUGACCCGUCCAACGUGGAGCUGCAGGCACUUCGCGAGUUCAUGUACUCCGAUGUCCCCAAGACAGCCCUCACCCUCAACUCAGCUCGCUACCUGAACAUCCCCGAGAUGUCCAUGCCCAUGCGCAAGCUCCGCCUGCCCACCGACAACCUGGACACCAGAUUCCUAUUCGACCAGGAAAAGCAACAGUACCCGAUCAUCCUGUUCGUCAACAAGGACAGCGUUCGCUCUGGCAACGACUGGCUGGGCCACCUCACUCGUUUGGGUGACUUCAGCUUCAGCAACGGUGACGUCAAGAUCGUCAACGACUUCUCCAUCCCACUCAACGAUCGCGAGAACGUGAAAGCUGUCUUCGGCGGGAAGUUCAUCAACCCUAUCGUCGGAGAGAAGGACCUGGUUACCAAGUACAUCAACCCUACCCUCGGAGAGAAGGACCUGGUUGCCAAGUUCAUUUACCCCACCCUCGGCGAGAAGGACCUGGUUACCAAGUACAUCAACCCCACCCUCGGAGAAAAGGACCUGGUUGCCAAGUACAUCAACCCCAUCGUCGGCGAGAAGGACCUGGUUGCCAAGUACAUCAACCCUACUUUCGUCGAGAAGGACAUCCUCCGCAAGUACGUCAACCCAAUCUACGGCGAGAGGGACAUUAUGACCAAGUACGCCAACCCCGCUAUCGUCGAGAAGGACAUCCUCCGCAAGUACGUCAACCCAAUCUACGGCGAGAGGGACAUUAUGACCAAGUACAUCAACCCCACUUUUGAUGAGAAGGACAUUAUGACCAAGUACAUCAACCCCAUCUACGGCGAGAAGGACAUUAUGCAAGUACGUAAAACCCAAUCUACGGCGAGAGAGACUUGGUUACCAAGUACAUCAACCCAAUGUACGGCGAGAAAGACAUUAUGGCUAAGUACGUCAACCCCAUCUACGGCGAGAGGGACCUGCGCAGCAAGUACGUCGAGCCCAUCUACAGCGAGAAGGACCUGGUUCGCGAGUUCUUGUAGCUCGUUAAUGAGGGACUUUCUUAGGAGGAAGGUCCGGCUUUGAUUAAUGAAUGAAGAUCACGAACCUUACGUCGAC